UGGGGGAAACAACGUAGCGCCAUCGCGUGUCCUUUUUUGAAAAGACAAUUCCAGAGAAUAUUCUUAAUCUAUGAACAGUUAGGUUUUGGGUACUAUUUAUUGUGCAUAAAUAAGUAUUCGUAAAACUGCAAAAUCCACAGAGCAUGCACGUCGAUCGUACCAUUCGAUUGAUUGGUACUGCCUGAAUGACACCUACCAUUUUCGAUUAGUUAGGUCUUUAUCGGUAAACAUGGCGGCCACACCAGCAACAAAUCCAUCACAGUUGCUCCCGCUUGAGCUUGUGGACAAAUGCAUUGGCUCACGUAUACAUAUUGUCAUGAAGAACGACAAAGAAAUUGUAGGAACUUUAUUGGGUUUCGAUGAUUUCGUCAACAUGGUGUUGGAGGAUGUGACAGAAUUUGAAAUCACACCAGAAGGGAGAAGAAUAACAAAACUGGACCAGAUCCUGCUCAAUGGCAACAACAUUACCAUGCUCAUACCUGGAGGUGAAGGACCUGAAGUAUAACAUGAGAAUCAGUGAAGAGCUGUUUUUUUUGUUGUUGCGGUGGAUGUUAACUUGCCUUCUUAUCCUAAUAUUCUGUUGGUAAUUUGUUUGUUCUUUUUCAGUCUUUAGGUUUUGAGAAAAUAUUUUUUGUAAGAACAGAUUUACGAUUGGUGUGACAAUGGUUUUGACCAUAUAUUAUGAAAAUGUGUUAAGUCAACUUUUUGUUAUAAAUAAAUUCCAAAAUGACACACAGUAAACCAAGAAACAGCAAAGUUGUUUUAUUUAUCUUGAAACAAAUCUUGUUAAAAGAACAGGUUCAAUUGUGUUUAUGGUUUUAAAAGCUGAUGCACUUAUACUUAAGCACACAAUGGGAGUUCAACAAAAAGCAUUGAUUGGUAUUGUAAUCCCCUAGUAUCAGUGGUUUUUCAUAGUUCAUUAAAACGUAGUAUUCCCACACACAACUCAAUACAUUGAAGGCUUCUCCU